AUGAACGAAGGAAGCUAUGAUAACUUCGAAUACUUGAACUUGCUGGCGAAGAACCUGAGCGUUGGUUGCCGAGAUAGCAGGAAAGAGACAGAUAAAAUAGAACUGUUAUUGAAACGGUUAUCUAAACAAUCUGUAGUUUCAUAUGAAGAGUUCAGCCAAAGACCUAGUGAAGAGACCCUAGAUGCGUAUAAAAAAUUAUCAGAACCCACCACAACAGAGCAGUUGAUAAGAGAGAAUUACCAAUUGAUGUAUGAAAUUGAGCAACAGGAGUACAUCAAUAAGAGAAUCAUCGCUCUUGUAAAUAGCAUAAAUGAGCAUCUAAUAUCCAUCAGAAACUUCAUCAUAGAGCAGAAACUGGCUAGAGAUCAAAAUAACGAGAUAUACAUGCAUGAGAACUUCACAGUACGAGAAAACCUACUCAAGAAUAGUACAGAACUACUGAAAGCUAGGGAACAAUGCUCUCGAACCAAUACAGAGGUGGUGGUGGAGAAAUUCAAAAAGCUAUAUGCUGAGAUAGAUUGGGAUACACUACCUAGUAAUCUACCUGAUAUCAUACAGGUGAAGGAGAAAAUCAAACAUAUCAAGGAAACGUAUAAACUUGAUUUAUAG